CUAUGUCGACGCACGGUAUAUGUUACAACCCCUAUGGGGGUUGGAUGGUUGAAUGGUUAGCGUGCGCGUGCUGUAUCAUAAAGUCUGUCAUUGAGUCAAUUGGCGUGGUUUCGAAUCCCCGGUUGUACGUGACAAGGAGUAGGGUCGCCUGUCCAACCUCGUGGGUUUUCUCCGGGUCCUCCGGUUGCCUCCCACUGCUUAAGAGCCCUACGCGCAAGCGAAUUAUUGAAAUAAAAAAAAAUUAAACCAUAUGUUAGUCCCGAAAUGACCUAGUUUGUGUCGAUUGGACGUUAAACCCCAUUUCUCUCUCUCUCUCUCUCUCUCUAUUGUAAUAACACAUAGCCAUAAACACAACGAGAUAAUCAGGGCGGAUUCUCUACUGCCAUUAUUUGACCUUCUAGUCGAAUUAUGCAACAUGUCAAACGUCAUUAAACACAAUUAAAGUAAGUAAUGCUUUAUUUUUAGCUUGUAAAUAACAUUUUACUACUAGACAACUAAUUCCAUAGGUGGUUAACUAAAAAGUACCGCGUAAAUGACAAACAAGUGGUUAAUUCGUUAUUCCCGUAAAAUGUUAUGAAAUAUUUCCACACUGUAAAUACGAAAACAGGCCCGUAGCCAGCAGGGGUUGGGGGCCGUAGCUAGCGGGGGUGGGGAGUCACUUUGCUCGCUGGCUUCGUAUUGCGUCCAAUGGAAAGGGCGCCUAUAUGGGCAACCGAUUCUUUCCCAAAUGGGCAAAGGCACCAUUGAGUGCGCCAAUUUUUUCAGAGGCAGCUGUCCCACCCCUCCCCGCUAGCUACGAGCCUGGAAAGAGAAGAGAACCACGCAACAUUUUAAAACCAUCAAUGUUUUAUUCUUUAGAAAGUGUUAAAUUAUCACCAUGGCAGCCAGACUGGUCAUAAGACGAGCAACUUUACAAGACUAUAGGGGUGUUAUGGAUAUUGGAAAGAUUUAUCAAGGACGAGAUUAUCUUCCUGCAUUGUAUGAUAAAUACUUAAAAUGGUUCAACUGCUAUGUUGGUGAAAUAGAUGGUGAAAUCGUAACUUUCCAAAGCGAUAGAUUGGUAGAUGCAGGUGCUACUAUAGCUAUAGCAGGUGGACGGGUCAAAGAGGGAUACCGAGGUCGUGGAAUUUUGUCAGACGUGUUGAGAUAUGUCGACAACUCAUACAAAGAUGUGACAUCAGUGAAGUAUGUGUCAAUGACAACUGAUAAUGUUAACAUUGAAUUGAAUGGUGAAAGAAUAAAACGGAAAUUUAAACAGAUUUUAGAAAGGGAACAAUUGGAAAUGCUUGGGAAAGUAGAGGAUUUGAAACUAAAUAAAUUUGAAUCUGACGAAAAUAAAGUUCAAGAACUGACAUCUUGGGAUUUAAAGAAAAUAUUCCAAUCUAAAGCCAUGUGUUCCAAAUUAUUUCCAGGAGAACGAAUACUACCGAGUGGCUAUCCAUUUCGUCUGAUACCUCAGAAUAUACCUCUAAUGAUGGACGGGUUUAAAUUCUGGGGUACAAAAGGUUCCGACCAAUCAACGUACAAGACACUGACAGUUACACACAAAUAUAACCUAGGGAAGGAGUUGAUGUUCACACUUUGUAUUUAUGGCAAUGAUGCAAUUGAUAUACAGCAACACGUUCUAAAACAUAUUCAAAACCUGAAUCAGUUGGUUAGAAGCGGAACCAGUACAUCUAUUAUCAUUCACAUAACUCAUCCGUUAGAUUGUCUAGAUACAUCAUUUUUAUCGGUGUUUCGAAACGUUGGUCUCAAAAUAAACAAAGAGUUUGAUAUAAAUAGGUUGGUUGCAUUUGAACGGACAAUAAGAUAACUUUAAAAGCAGCAAUAAAAUUAGUAAAAAAAAAAACAAAUAUUGAAUACAACAUUUAAUUGUAAUUAUUUUUGAAUCAUUUUAGGAUUAUAAUAAUUAUAGCAAAU